AUGAACCCACAUCUGAAUCCAGCACCAGAUCUCAACAUAAUCCUUCUUGGGAACAGUGGAGUGGGUAAGAGUGCUUCAGGAAACACCAUUCUGGGGCGGACAGCGUUUACAUCAAAAUUAUCCUUUGAACCAGUGACAAAGGAAAUCACUGUAAAAGAAGGAACUGUGUUUGGGAAGAAGAUCUCAGUGAUUGACACUCCAGGAGUGUUGCGCUCUGAGGGUGAGAUUCGGACCUGGGGCCUCAUGUAUCAACACUUGCGUGAGACUCAUACCUGAAACACGCGCACGCAAGGUCCGUCACGCUGAAAAAAAUUUGUAUGUAUCAAGGUGUGCAGGAGCCAAAAGCCACGUGUGUUUCCUUGAUAAAUCCCAAUCAGCGUGGAAUUGAGCGCAGAUGUCAGAGUGACAGGGCCCGCCCCCGUUACGCCCACUAUGCAGAUUUAUUUAAAUAGGGUCUCCCUGUCCUUGCAGGCAGACAAAAUGACAAGAAAAAUGAAAUUUACGGCGUGCGAGGUGGAGUUGCUGGUGGCGGAGGUGGAGGAGCGACAGUUUUGUUUGGCAGCCUGUCCAGUGGCGUCAGUGCAAAACGAAAAUGCUUGGAGUGGGAGAAAGUUUGCGAGAGGGUGAAUGCGGUGGGUUCCGAGACACGCACCCCCGCGAAGAUUAAAAAAAGUGGUCGGACCUCAAGGUGGAGGUCAAGCAGUGUACAGCUGCCCUCCGGAGGAGUACCGGCCAGACAGGUGGGGGUCCGGGGGAGGAGACCCUCACGCCGUUUGAGCAGCGGAUGGUGGCGAUUAUGGGGGGCGCCUCUGUGGGGGGGAUUGUCGCCGCUACCCGCGGCGACUCAGACAGCCUGCCGGAGGGUAAGUGGCGUGUCACACAAAUGUCCACAUGCUUUGCCAUAGAUGUAAACGCAACAGAUACACAGAAGCAGGAAUUGAAAUGAACCAAUAUUUUUAUUGUGUCACAGAAAUCAAUGUGUCGGCCGUGUCGCCGGCUUGUGGAACCCCGGCCCGCAGCAGCCCGUCUGCCGGCUCGGAGUUGUCGGCCAAGACCAGCGGCAUUCGGGCCACCCCGGCCCCUGGCCCCAGCACCAGCACCAGCACGCCGACAAGCAGUGGAGCGUCCACCAGCCGCGGCGCUUCCGCUGGACCACCCGGACGCAGUGGAAGGGUCCUCACGGAGGCGGUCCUGCAAUUGCAGGAAGAAAUCAUCAGGGGUAUCGCGGAUAUCAACAAGCGGCUGGACCGGCUCGUAAAUGUCCUCGAGCGUCUGGUGGCGAAAAUAAAUAGAUUUUGCUCAUUGAACUGUGUAUUCACUUCUUACCCAUUCACAUUGUGGCGAUGAGAUUCUCCCACACGAGGACGGUGGCCCAGCAGGGAUCAGCUCGCAUCCCUCCGUCUGCUGCUGGUUCUUCAUGUGGGGCGACGUGCUGCUCGGCCACGGGGAUGUGGUGCAGGUGUGCCACAUUGUGGAGGACGCCACACGCCAUCACAAUGCAGCACACCUUCUCUGGGCGAUACAUGAGCAAACCGCCACUCCGGUCCAGACAGCGCCACCAACCCUUUAAAUGGCCGAUGGCCCUCUCCACCACUGACCGAGAGCGAGAGUGGAGAUGGUUGUACCUCCGCUCUCGGUCAGUGUGGGGUUUGUGGAGAGGGGUCAUCAGCCAGGUCCUGAGGGGGUAGCCACUGUCACCCUCAGAAAAAGCACAGUGUGUUAAGUCUUGAGCUUGAUGCGUUGUAAUAAUAGCAAGCAAUAAGCAAUCAAUAACCCACAACAUCCAUCGAGUACUCCCAAUCAAACACAGAGUACAAUACAUCAGCGUUGCACACAUUUGGUUCAAGUCACUGAUGCACAUCGAGUUCCUUGAAUAACAUUAUAUCAUUACAUAUUUACUCACCCAGCAGCCACCCGUCUGUCACUGCACCUGCCUGGAGCCUCUCCCCAACAGUGCUGUUGCACAGGAUGUGCGAGUCGUGUGUUGAACCGGGCCACCUCGCAACAAUGUUGAGCAGAUUCAUCUGCGCAUCACAGAUGAUCUGCACAUUGAUGGAGUGAACGCCUUUACAGUUGAUGUAAGCGUACUCGUCAUUGGACAGCGCUUUUAUGGCAACAUGAGUGUAGUCAAUAGCUCCGAUUACGUUUGGGAAUCCGGCUAUUGCUGCAAAUUGCGUUUUAAUAUUGGCCUGUUCAUCCGCACUGUAGGGGAAUUUGAUGUACCUGCGGGAGAGGCGGAUCAGCUGGUCCACCACCAUGGGCAUGGCCCGGCUGAUGGUGGGCUGGCUCACCCCAGAACGGUCUGCCAUCUCCCGCUGGAAGGAGCCUGUGGCCAAGAAGCCAAGUGUGCCCAGCACCAGCGUUGGCACGGGCACCGCUCGGCUUCUGGCCGUUGUGCGCUGGAGCGCUGGGCGGAGCUCCUCACAUAGCUCCAGCAGGAUGGCCCACGGUAGCCGUAACCGGCUCACGAGCCACUCGUCUGAGUUCUGGAGCAGGUCCUCCCGCUCCAUGAAGUGACGCUCGCGUCGGAUUGUACGGUUUUUGAUGUCGUCUAGGAGAGCAAGUGCUGCCAUUGUUAAAGUUGUCUUCUUUAUUUGUAGUUGUAGUUGUAUUCUGCACAUGAGUACCGUUUCUCUUAUAACCACUCCAGUAAUGCCGACAGGUGUUCGUGUUUGUGUUAAUGAUUAACACAAACACGAACACCUGUCGGAUUAACAGUUAAUCCACUGCGAUGUGUGAACGCUUGUCACAUAGUGAGUCACCAAACACCGCCACACAGCAUCGCCAAAGUACUGUCAACGCAAGUAUCGGCUCAACGCCAACUUCUACACCACCUCCUCACGUGGAUUUGCGCUGGAACCGAUGCUCGUGUUGCGAUGAUAAAUCUGGACGUGUGCACCGAUCUUGGCAAAUGCAAGGUUUUCUGGUGCUGCCAGCAUUGAUACACGAGGCCCCUGGUGUCAGAUCCUCCUCCAGACCUCCACACCUUGUUUGUUCCUGGUGGUGGUUGGAAUAGAUCGAUUCACUAAUGAGCAGAAGAAAUCUGUAGAGGCAGCUCUGAGGGUGAUCGGGGAUCAAGAGUCCAACUCUUACCUGCUCUUCACAAAAGGGGAAAGGUUGGGUAGCAAGUCACAGGAUGAGUUCAUCAAGUCAGAUCCAGAAGGUCCCCUCAGACCUUUCGCUGAAAGGUUUGCAGGGAGACUUCAUGUGUUCAACAAUGAGAACGGAGGACAAGAACAAGUGAAAGAGCUGCUGAAGAAAUCAGGCCACCUCAGAGGUAAGUUAUGACAAGAUAACUUCAUAACUUGUAAGUUAUGAAACAAGAUUAAAUGAGCAGAAAUAAACCUAACCCCUAACCCUAUUCUUCCUGAACCUUCUUCUGAUGUCUAAUUUAUUGAAAAUUGCUUGAAAUCACUUAAAAGAUUUUUCACUGGAAAAAGACUUCAAGUGAAAGUGGCAAAAUUUGCCAAACUGAGAUAUGUUUGCCCCUUCCAUUUCAUCUUCAGCAACAGGUGCAGGGCUGGUAAAGGAAGGACCAGCAGAUUCAGAGGAGACUCAGGGACAGUGUGAGGGGGAGUUCAGAAUAGCCUUUGUCAGCCCAGUAAGAAGUAGCCAAAAUUUCACUGAAGAGUGACGUUUCAUGUCGGUAAGGCAGAGGGCUGUUGUUUGUGUGUGUGUGUGUGUGCAUUUGUGCUGAAUGUGCAACUUUCAACAAUGGCAGCACUUGUGCUGUUGGAGGACGCGGCAAACGGUGCAAUAAGAUGGGAGCGACACGAGAACCUGGCUGAUGACCCCUCUCUACAACCCCCGCACUGACCGAGAGUGGAGGUUCAAUAACCUCCACUCCCACACUCGGUCAAUGGUGGAGAGGGCCAUCGGCCAGCUGAAGGGUCGGUGGCGCUGCCUGCACCUAAGUGGAGUCAUGCUGCUCUAUUGCCUGGAAAAGGUGUGUCACAUUGUGAUGGCAUGUGGCAUCCUUCAUAAUGUGACCAGCCUGCUUGACGUCCUCCAGGCCGAGCGGCAUCCAUCCCCCCACGAGAUAACCAGAGGCUGGAGGGAUGGAUGCCGAUCCUGGCCGGGCAACCGUCCUUGCACAUCAGAAUUUCACUUCCACAAUGUGAAUGGGUAAGAAGCAAUGACACAAUUCAUGAAGCCAGAUUAAUUUAUUUUUUCCAUUAAACAUUGCAGAACAUUUAUCAGGCGGUCGAGCCGCUUACUGAUCCCCGUUAUUCCCCUAAUGAUGUCCUCAUGGGACUGCAGGGCUGCCUGUGUCAGGACCCUUCCGCUGGGUCCGGGUGGGCUGGAGGAUCAUCCACUGCUUGUUGGCCUGGUGCUGGUGCUGGGGCCGGUGGAGGGGCUGGCCCAAAUGCCGCUGGUCCUGGCAGAUGACUCUGAGCUGGCGGACCCAGCUGACCCCCACCUGUCUGGCCGGCACUCCUUUGGACAGCAGCUGUACACCGCCUGACCUCCACCUUGAGAUCCGACCACUUUUUUCUCUUCUCUGCAGGGGUGCGUUGCUCCGAACCCACCGUGUUCACCCUCUCACACACCUCAUCCCACUCACAACUUUUUUUUUGUGCUGACACCACUGGACAGGCUGCCAAACAAAAUCUCCUGUCUCUCCUUAACUUCCCUGACCAGCAUCUAUUUAAAUAAAUUUGCAUAUUUAUAGGUGGGCGUAACCGGGGAGGGCCCGGUCACUCCGACAUCUGCGCUUAGUUUCACACUGAUUGGGAUGUAUCAAGGAAAUGUGCGUGGAUUCUGGCGCACAGAUUGAUACAUCUGGAUUUUUUUCCUGCGUGCGCAACUUUCGGAUUCUUGCGACUGCCGUUUUUUAGUAUGAGAUCCACGCAAGUAUUGAUACAUAAGACCCCAGAUUUGCUUAUUAAAAACCAAUUUGGCUUCUCUUAUGAAAAGUUCUUGUAAAUUUUGGAAAUUGUGGGUUGCGAAUUUUUGGGGGCUUGUUCUAAAAGUGCAAUUGCUAAUUUGGGUUUGUUGUUCCUCCAAACCCAGGAAGGAUCUGCUGCUCACUCUGCAUUAUAACUCAAUUCAGAAGUUAUAAAAUUAUUGUCUUUGCAUCUCUCUCAUUCUCUCUCUGUUUUUCAUACGUUAAGGUGCCACUUUGAUAAGGUGUCUCUUUAUUUUACAUGUAUGGUUUCAGUGUGGGCAUAACUGUGUAUUUUCAUAAACACUUUAUUUAUCAAACAUUAAAAAGGCAUUAAUAGCAGUGUUUCUUUGACCCUACUUUCACUUCAAGAUUGGAUUUAUGACACUGUGGCCAUCUCUUGAAGUGAAAUUCUCUGUAAUUACUGAAAGAGCAUAUCCGUUUUUCAACAUGUUCAUCUCUGUCAUGUAGGCUGCUGCACUUUAUUUUAAUUUUUGAAAUGACAAAAAAUGCAUAUAUAUCCUCUGGUAUGUGCCUCUGCAUAUCGUAAUCAUGGUGGGCCGCCAUGGCCAAAAUUACCCGGGCCAUUUUUUUGUCCCAGUAACACAGAGAAGAGUUGUGCUUCUGGGUUUACCUGGAAACGGAAAGAGUGCUUCAGGAAACACCAUCCUGGGCUCAGAGGGGUUCAGAUCAGGCUGUGACCCUGACUGACCCCAUCACCACAGAGACUGAUUCUCGAUCAGCCACAGUGGAGGGACGUCAAGUCACUGUGGUCGACACUCCCAGCAUCACAGAUAAAGUUCUGUCUCCCAAAAAGCUGUUCCUGGAGAUUAUAGAGUCAGUCAGAAAGGCUAGACCAGGUCCUCACGCCUUCCUCAUAGUCGUGGAGAUCGGAAGAGUCAUGUCAGUAGAGAUCAAAAUGUUUGAGGUUCUUCUCAAGAUGUUUGGUGAAGAUGCUAAAAAGUACUUCAUGGUUUUGUUCACUUAUGGUGAUAAGCUGAAAGGUAAAUCCAUUGACACCUUCAUCAAUGGUAAGAGAGAGCUGAAAGAUCUGGUUGACCGCUGUGGAGGCAGAUACUGUGUGUUUGACAACACAAAGAUAGGAAACAGGGAGCAGGUCAGAAACCUCCUGGAUAAAAUCGAUGUCAUGGUAGAAACUAACAAACAAUACUUCACCUCUGAUUUGUUGAAGAAGCCAUCUGAGCUGUGGGAAUCCAUCAGGGAGUUCUUCCUCCAGCUGCUGGCUGAAAUAAGAGAGGCCUAUGAAAAUGUUCGUGAGAGAAUAAGGGGAAGAAGAUAUCAGCAUUUCAGUGAGGAUGACUGUGAGCUUAAGGAGGUCACAGGUGAUAAGACGGGGGUAGAGGAGAUCAGAACACAAAGUUUGGUGUUUCAAAUCCCACAUACGUAACUCUUGUUAUCAUAAUCUUAGAAAAUAAAUAUAUUUCCUCUUUAAUGAAAAGACCUUCAAGCUUUCUGAGAUCUGACAUAAUUUACAGUCUACAGACUGUAGGUAUUCACAGACCCAGAUCAGCCCCUCUUUUACAGUUAUCUUCAAUAUUAAAGGUCAGGGGGAAAAUUAUUCUUUUAUUAGCUUGUUGUAUGUAUAUAUAUAUUUGUGUAUUCAUAGUUGAUAAUGUGUUUAAACUGACUCUUUAUGAAUGAUGUCAGGUUAUAAUCAUUGAUGGUUCACUAUGGAGAAGGUUGAUUUAAUUCUUGUUUGUGAAAGUUUAUAAAUGUUUCACUAACAUGUAAAAUGUGAUUUCUGAAAAUGUUUGUCUUGUGAUUCUAGGAAAGGAAAUAAAAAUAUGUAUCUCCACUUUUUUCUGCAGCUUUCUGAUUAAUGAACUUGUGUUUAGAUCAUUUAUUCUUCAGUUGUUUUGAUGUUGAACAAUCACAGUUUUUUUUACACUAAUUGAAUGUACUUUAAUAGUAUCUGGUUGAAUAACAGAAAUCAGCUUAGACAUAUUUGUUAAUGAGGUUCUGCUUUGUAAUAGAGCUGUGUUAUUUCUUUAUUAUUAUUAUCAUUUUGUGUCUAUCACCUCAAAAUAAAAGCGACACCUACAUCUCUGAUGGUUGUGGGUCUUCCACAACAAAAAAUAAACAGCAAUCCGCUGAACGUGAUUCACUCCAACCAUGCUUGAUGGAGACUCCGCCCCUCUCUCAUAUCCACAACUUUUUUAAUGAAAAUAGGAAUAAAAAGUAGCUCACUGUCUGUCUGUCUGUCUGUCUGUUUGUCUGUUUGUUGUUGUUGUUUUUGUUUUGUUGUCUAUCUCCUGAGUUUUUAAAGACAUAGAGCUGUGGAUCGAAUAUUUACAGGAAACUGCUGCACAUCAAAUAAGGUUCAACUUUGACAUGAAGAAUUAUAAACUGCUCACAGGAAAAAUGAAUUUGAAACACACUAAAGGGAAGGAUAAUAUCUGUACAGGAUGGGUACUUUGACCUUUCUUAAUACUUUUUUCUCUUUCAGUGGAUUUGAAGUAUUUUAUCAUUUGCAGUUACACCCCAAACUUUGAUCUAAUCCGGAGCUCUGAGACUUUCUGAUCUGACUGAAUGUGAAGGAACAUUUUGUCUGGUCUGGAAAAGUCUGAUUACAAUACUUUUGUAAGUUACAAAAGACACCAGGGUUUCGGAUUUAUAGUUAAAGUUCAUUUUUGAUUGGAGAGGACUGAUCCUAAAUACGGUCAACAGACGACUUUAAACACGUCACUUCUGUGCUUAGACUCAUCCUACUGGUUAUGCUGUUGCUGUCCCUGCAUAGUUUCAGUAUCACAGUGAUGUUCUCCUCCACCUUAUCUUCUCAGUGAACCUGGAAUUUUCCAUCUUCUGAGCACAACCUGACUAAUAUUUCUCCACCAACUCCUUUGUGUUCAUACUGAGUCUGAAGUAAAGCACAACUUCUCAUGAAAAACGUUGUAAUAUUGAGCAAAAAUGCAUAAAAGUUUGUUCAUGAACAGUAGAACAGAACAGAUUAAGUUUUUAGCCAAAAUCAAGUCCCCUGUGUCAUUUUUAGGGCUUUUCUUUGCAGAGCUCCAGUAGCUCAUUAGAGUUGAGGGCGGAGACAGCGCUGCUCUGCACACUCCUCUUCACGCUAGCUUAUAGCCUAACACUGUCUGUGUGGUAGAAGAAGCAGGUAACAUCAGAGCUAUUCAGCUCUCGGACACUAAUGUCUUCAAGGAUAUAAUGAAAGUUAAUUUCAUAAUCAGCUUUCUUACGAACAUUGCAAUCCACUAAAACACAUGCUUGUUUCACGAUUGUCCUCUCUCUAAUUUCAGCAGUGCAAGGAUCACUGCUGAAAUUAGCAUAAGUGGCUAUCCACAGCUUUUACUCAAUCUGUUGACACCCACAUGAAUAAAGCAAGUAAAUAUGAUUCAUUCACGCAUUGAGAUUCACACAAAUGAAGCAAGUAGAUUAUUUCACUUGCGCUUGGUGUGAACACCCCGUAAAACUAAAGUUUUCUGACCCUGUUUUUUUUUUAAAGUAAAGAAUAAAACCAGAAUCAGUGAGACCAUCAACGCUGUAAACUUGUGGCAGACGGACAGACCUCUACAAAGACUGACCUUAUGAUAAAAUAUUCAAAACAGGAUUUCUUAGGCCGUGGAUCACAGGAUUUUAUUUUGAGGAGGAUUUCAGGGAGGAGCUUUGCUCAGUGGGUGUGGCUUUAUUUGAUCUGUUAAACGAGAAACCGAAAGCUCUUCUGACACCCUUUUCUGGAAACUCACCACAGCAGCAUCUCUACUCUCAGGUCAGUAUCUGUCUGUCUGUCUGUCUGUUUGUCUGUUUGUUGUUGUUGUUUUUGUUUUGUUGUCUAUCUCCUGAGUUUUUAAAGACAUAGAGCUGUGGAUCGAAUAUUUACAGGAAACUGCUGCACAUCAAAUAAGGUUCAACUUUGACAUGAAGAAUUAUAAACUGCUCACAGGAAAAAUGAAUUUGAAACACACUAAAGGGAAGGAUAAUAUCUGUACAGGACAGACACUUUGACUUUUUUCAAUACUUCAAUGUUUUUUUUUUCCUCUUUCAGUGGAUUUGAAGUAUUUUAUCAUUCGCAGAUACACCCCAAACUUUGAUCUAAUCUGGAGCUCUGAGACUUUCUGAUCUGACUGAAUGUGAAGGAACAUUUUGUCUGGUCUGGAAAAGUCUGAUUACAAUACUUUUGUAAGUUACAAAAGACUUUUGUAAGUGUGAAUGUCAUAUGAACAUGAAGACAACAAGAAAAACAUGAUUUUCAUCAGAGUGGGUCUUUAAAAACUUCCUCUUAUCCACUUUUACAACUUCUCUAGAUUUUCUGUAACAGCCAAACAGUUCAGUUUGGGUGAAGGUAGGAGAUGGAAGUUUAUCGUUGUACAAUUUAUGCUCUACAACACAACAGCCACAUGCUCUUAACAUGACCACAGCAAUACAAUUAUAGUCACCAUCCUUCCUGUUGAGACAUGAUCAAUACCACGGCUAUCUAUGACUAUUGUUAUUGAAUUUCCCCUCUGGGAUAAAUAAAGCUCUUCUUAUCUUACUCCAGAUUGUAAGUAUGAUUCCAUUACUGGUGCUUUUCCUGCUUCGGCUUCUGAUUUUCAUCGAUUUUGUCUUGGAUUGAAUUUAAUUUUAUUUCACUGGAUUAAAGUAGAUCAGAUUAGAUUAGAUUAGAUUAGGUUUCAUGGUUAGAGGUGAAAAAUUUCACAAUGGAAGAAAACUUAGCUCCCUAGCGCCCCCCUUCAAAGUGUAUACCCUGAGCUAAUUGUGCUGGUUAUGGGUCUUUUCCAGAGGUCCCAAGAGGAUCAACAUACUGUGUUCACUGGAUCUGUACUAAAGAACCAGAGCCCAUGGUGAGCCCUCUAGGUUAGGGUUAAGUAGUUUCAGGUCAGCUUUGCACACCCCAAUCCAAUCCAAACAUCCCAUAAGGGCCAAAGCCUGAAGUAAUUCAUAUGGUCAUACGUCAUCAUAGUCAUAGCACCCCCUUGUGGCCAAACGAAGUACCAUACAGUCCCUCUGUAAACUUAAAUACCAUUCAACAGAUCUACGUAAACACUGAUCAGGAUAUCCUUCCAAUGUUGAACUUGAUGUUUCCAAAAGCCCCAUGAGUUUCAUGGGAGGGCGGUGUGACAAAAUGAGGGUUUUGGCAGGAUGUCUGAUGUAACUUCCUCUGUCCUCAGGCUCUCCAGUACCGGCCUUUUAACCUUUUAAUGCCAAGUCAAACCGAAAACAGACGGGGAGGCGGCUUUCAGUUUUUAUGGUCCCUGAUUGAGGAACAGCCUGCCAGAAGAGGCUCAAGACUCACUUUUUUAACCUGGCUUUUUUGCCAUUUUAGAUUUCUCUUUUUGCAAAUGUUCAUUUUAAUCAAAGUUCUUCAUGUUUAUUUUAUGUCACUCUAUUCGUUAUCUCUGUUCUUAGCCUUUUUUAGUUUCCCGUCACAGGUUUUUACUCCUUUUACCCCUUCUAUUUAUUUGUUCAUUUAAUAUUAUUUUCUUAUUUUAAGUCCAUCAGGUUUUACUCUUUUCACCAUUUUUAUCUUCAUUUUUAUCUCCAGUGUUUCCUUAAGGUCACUCGUUCCUCAUGUAAUGACUUGGUGUCAGGCCAUGUCUCUUUAACUUAUAUCUUUAAUUCUCACACUGUGUGCGGUUGUGUAUGUGUGUGUAUGUGUGGGUGAAUGAGGGUGUGUGUGUGUGUCUUUGUGUGCGUGUGGGUCCAUGGGUGUAUGUGUGGGUAGAAGGGUUGGGUUUUUGUUUUUAUUGUUGUUUUUAGCCUCUGUGAGGAACUUUGAACUGCAUUUCCUUUUGUACGAAAAGUGCCAUAUAAAUAAAGCUGAAUUGAAUUGAAUUCAGUGAGUGUAAAGCUCUCUAAGUAGUCUUAUAACACUCAAGCGAUCACUUUGUCCCUGUCCAUAGAACAAGUGUGCUGCUGAUAUACUGCUUCUCAUGGAUAUUAAGUUUGCCAUGCCCACCAAAAUAAAAGCACAACAACCAAAUACCUUUCAGAUAUUUUCACCCUUCUCCUUUUCCUUUUACAGGUUUUGACUCACUCAAAGAUGAAUCCACGUCCAGGAGAAGAUCUCAACCUCAUCUUUUUUAGGGACUCUGAAGUCGGUAAGAGAGGAAACACCAUUCUGGGGUGGAGAGCGUUUACAUCAGAAUCAUCCUUUAGACCAGUGACAAAGGGAAUCACUGUAGAAGAAGGAACUGUCUUUGGGAAGAAGAUCUCAGUGAUUGACACUCCAGGAGUGUUGGGCUCUGAGGGUGAGAUUAAGACCUGGGGCUCUAUUUUCGUUCGCGCCGGUGAGGCGGCGGAGGGCGGCGAGCCCCGCGCAGUUGUAUUUUCGUCUGGUGGAGCCCGGCGUAAGGCGAGUUUGGUAUUUUCGUGGACUGAGUCGCACGGAGGCGAGCCGAGAUCCGCCAAGCUGGGCGUGGUGGCGUGGCAGGGGGAGGUGUUGACAGAAUCAGCUGGCGCAGUGACAUUUUCGUGCUCGCCACUGGCGUGUAACGUGCGCUGAAAGCUCGCCGAUUCAAACCUGGUCAGCUUUCAGCGCAAGGCGGAACGCAGCUGGUCUAGUAGUAUUUUGGUAGACCGGCGGCGUAUCGACAUACGUCACUGAUGCCUCACCGGCAGGUUUCCACAGUGUCAGGCACAUUUCAGUGCAAUAAAUAAUCACCAACAACUAUUAAUCUGAGUCAGCACAUAUAUUUAGAUCUAUAUCGAUAUAUUCUGAUCUAUAUCUGAUCUGAUGAGCGCGUUUGGCACGCGUUUGGACACACAAACUGACCGAAUCAACACAGCUGAAACUGCAUCAAAUUAAAUUAAAUAUCUAGUAAAUAAACACACAUGAUGAAGUUAACAAGAUAUGUAAUGUGUCUCCCUCCUUUUCUUUCUUCCUCUUAUUUCUCGCACAGCUCGACCUGGACACGUCUCCGUGUCCUCUGUCCGUCUUCCUGCUGCUGCUGCCGCUGAACAGAUGAUUUGUUUCAGUGCUCAGAUGCGUUAUCUACUUUAAGCCGACAUACGGAUAUUAUAAUAUUCAGUUUUGUGAGCCAAAUUUAUUUUAUAUGCCAACAUCUAUGAAAGAAAGAGCCAGGCCACGGAGCGCGAUGCGUCAUUUACGCACAGAUGGUUCAGAUUUUAAUGCCAUUUUUGGAGUUUAUGUUGUGAUCUCUGCGCUCAACCCACCUUUGUCACGUGAGGUUUGAAUAUGAGCAACUUUAUGUGAGUGUCUUUAUUUGUGGAAAAGGGUGUUUGUCUUACCAGUGGGUCCAACAUUACGCACACCAAAUCCAUCUGUGCUCAGAUGAGAGAGUGUGGAGGACACUUGUUGAGGAGCUCCCCUCUGUCGCCAUCUUGUGGCAUUACUGUCUUAAGACAUCUCUUGAUCUCUUUGACUACUUCAUGAAAAUAGUAAUACGCCUCGCCUGUGGCAGAUUUAAAGGCGAGAAGAGGAGCUAAUGUGAUUGGUGAAAACAGGUCUCGGCUGUGUUAAACCCCCUCUCCUCCCCGUCUAUGAUUUAUGCUGCCGGGAGGAGCUGAGUUAGGGAGGGGGGAUACUUAUGCCGGGCUGCGCGGCUCACCAAAAUACCAAAAUGUGCUUGGGAACGCCUUGUCAGCGCGGCGGAUCUGAUUGACUCUGCGCUUGCGGCACGUCUCCGGCGAGGCACCAAAAUAGAGCCCCUGGUGUCAGAACCUCCUCCAGACCUCCACACCUUGUUUGUUCCUGGUGGUGGUUGAAAUAGGUCGAUUCUCUGAUGGAGGCAGCUCUGAGGGUGAUCGGGGAUCAAGAGUCUAAAGGUCCUUACACACCGGCGAAUUUGCGGAGCGAAGCGAAAAAGCGAGACGAAAAUUGCGAAUAUUCACCGGUCUGAAAAAUCGCUUUCGCCUAUACACACCGGCCGCGAAGCGAAUAUGCGUAUAUUUUUUGCAAAGCGAAUUAAUAAAGUCGCUCUGCGGCACGGAGGAGAGGAGAUGCAGGGUGGAAGACAAGAGAGUGUCAUCUUGUGAGAAAACUACUUCAUUAGUAAUUAGAAAGAGUUUUGGAUGCACCUCAGCUGCCUUUCUCUGCGUUUUCAUAAUCUCAAACUUCUCCCUCUCCUCCAGCCGUAUGGGUCUGUGAUGUCAUCAACAACAUGACUUUUGAUUGGCCAGAGGUCUAGCAGGUCCAGAUAUUCGCCUGCGAAUAUCCGAAAAAUUCGACACAAGAGCGAAAAAAUAAAAGCGGCUUUUCGCCCCGCGGAAAAAUCGCCGCCGGUAUGGAAGCUUGCAUUGACUUUAUGCUGUUUUAAAAAAAGGCGAAUAAUUCGCCUGGCGAAUUCUCGCCCGGUGUGUAAGGACCUUAACUCUUACCUGCUCUUCAUAAGAGGGGAAAGGUUGGGUAGUGAGUCACUGGAUGAGUUCAUCAACAAAGAUCCAGAAGGUCCCCUCAGACCUUUUGCUCAAAAGUUUGCAGGGAGACAUCAAGUGUUUAAUUACAAAUAUACCAGACAAGAACAAGUGAAAGAGCUGCUGGAGGAAUCAGGCCUCCUCAGAGACAGUCGGUCAUGGUGCUGGUUAUGUACCCUGUUGACUUGAGUCAACUGUCCGAGUCCAACUGAGAGCUCCUGUGUAACUUAUGAAACACAGACAGAAACUGUGUUUACCUGACCCAUCAGACAGAAAAUCUUGUUUUUGACGUGUGCUCCUGGGAAAUGAUGAUCUUUGAGGUUUGCUGAUGUAAAUGUGGAACCCCAGAUUAUUCUGAGCUAAAAGAAAUGCUGAGCUACGAGCAUGUGUAAGGUUACUAUGUUAGGGACAAAUUUAAGUCCCUUAAUUUGGGAUUAUUUUAAGAAAGAGUCUGAAGAUUUAUGUUUCAUUUCCAUGUACAGAGAACCCGCCGGUGAGGAUGGUGCUGCUGGGCCUCUCUGGAGACGGGAAAAGUUCAACAGGAAACACCAUCCUGGGCGCCGAGAGGUUUGAAUCAACUGCUAGUUUUAACCCAGUCACAGGAGAGACGUCCUCUGCAUCAGAAAUGGUGGAGGGACAACGCGUCACUGUGGUGGACACUCCUGGACUGUCUGGAAAACAUUUGUCUCGCAGACAGCUGUACCAGAAGAUCAUGGGGUCAGUACAGGCGGCUGAACCCAGGUCCACACGCCUUUGUGAUUGUGGUCAGAAUCGGCAGAAUCACAGACAUACAGAUCAAACUGUUUGAGCUUGUUGAAAGGUUCUUUGGGAGAAAUGCUCUAAACUAUGUGGUGGUUCUUUUCACCUACGGGGAUGAGCUUAGAGGCGAGUCUAUUGACAAUUUGAUCCGGACCAGUCAACCAGUAUCAGACCUGGUCAGCCGUUGUGGAAAUCGAUACUGUGUGUUUAACAACGUGUGUAACGAUCAGAAUGAAAACAGAAGUCAGGUGAGGGAACUCCUGACUAAAAUCAGAAAGAUGUCACGCUGGAACGAAGUGCCUUACACCUCUGAGUUAUUCCAGAGGACUAUGCGCGCACGAUUUAAAUUACGCGUGAAGUGGUGGGCAGUGCGCCAUUGGUUCGCUCAGUUUCUAUCAUGUGUUGAUGCCUUAAGGCAUCAACACAUGCACCAUGGCUACAGGCCUGUUCCAAAUCAGCAGAGGCCGCAUGCUCAUUAG